AUGGAGGCGAUCUGCAAUGAAGACAAAAUAUCCGACAUCUUGGGUGAAGCGCUCGAGUUUCAAGAGGAAUACAACAAUAAGAAGUACGAUGAGCCCGAAAAUCGCGAGGGGAGGUUGCAGGACCUCAAAAGAAGCAUUGAACUUUUUCAGCAAGUCAUAGCGCAGACCACAAAACAGGACAGAUGCCACUUGCUCGGCUUGGGACAUCUCGGUGAAUCGUACCUUGACAUGUUCAACGAAACAGGAGACCCAAUGCAUGCUUCCGAGUCCAUUGCGAAACAUCAAGUUGCAUUGGAAUUGACUCCCGAUGACGAUAUUGGACUGCUCGGUACUCUCAAACAAAUCGACAAGGCGUACCAUGAUAGAUUCAUGGCAUUAAAAGAAGCGGCUGACCGUGACUCUGCAAUCAAGUACUGGGAGGCCUUCAUUGCCAGUGCUGAGUCAGCUUUGGAGGGGGGGAAUGCACCCAAGGAAACGGGACUUUUCGAACCUGAAUGGAUAGGAUGGCUUGGUUUUCUUGGAGACCUCUAUUACAAGCAAUACCUCUGUCAUGGCUCCUUGGACGACCUUGAUAGGGCCAUCAUUCUUAUGCAGAAGGCAGCUGAGCAAGAGCAAUCUAAAUCAGCUAAAGGAGUCCGGAAGCUCCGUCUAGGAGUUGUGUAUGGAAACAUGCACCAAGAAACUGGGAGCAUGGAGCACCUGAAGGAAUGUAUCAGCCUGUACGAAGAGGCACAUUCUCUACUCCCAUCUGAUCAUCCAGAUGUACCAGUGCUCAUGAAAUGUCUCAGCACUGCAUAUCGGGACCGAAGCAGUAAAACCGGUUCGAUAGAGGAUCUUGAUCUAUCUAUCCAACGUAUUGAAACAUCAGUAGGCAUUCCUUCUGGAAAUGACUUCGAUCGGGCGGUGCGACUGGGGCAUCUUGGUACCGUCCAUGAAGAUAAGUUCAGGCAGCUUAACCAUCUGGACGAUCUCAAGAAGUCCAUUCAAUACAAAACUGAAGCCUUGGACUUGGUUCAAAAAGAUGGUCAACAACGAGCCCACAUGGUCUCUAGCCUGGCCAACUCUUACGCAACUCGGUUUUCUGGUGAGGGGCGUGAGAGAGAUCUCGGAUACCUAGACAAAUCAAUUGAGCUCAACCAUGAAGCCUUGCGUCUUGCCUCGACAACAGAUUGGUCAUACAUCUGCUACAACCUUGGGAUGAACUAUCAUCAUAGGUACGAAAAGUUCUUGGGCCGAUCGGACACACCGGAAUUACUUGAAAAGAUCGACAUGACAGAUCUUAAUCACUCGAUUCAAUUAAAGGAGCACGCACUGCGUGAGACACCACAUAAGCACCCAUCGCUCUCCACCCGUCUCAGCGGCCUCGGGGAAGGGUAUGAGCUACUGUAUUACAUCAGUGACGAAGAGAUGCACUGGGAGAAAUCUCUUGAUUGUUGGGAAAAGGCCCUCGCUUACGACUACGGUUCUACUGGUGAUCGCCUCGAAGCAGGUCUAUAUCUAAUGGACAACUAUAUAUGCGAUCAUCCUCCACGCUGGGAUGAAGCCUACGAAGCUGCAUCGAAAACAAUGGCCAUUAUCUCUCUUCUCACAUCGCCAUCGCUACAGAGUUCCGACAAGCUUCGCCUGCUCGAGAGAGCAUCAGUUGUAGGGCCCCAGCUUGCCGCGAUCGCCCUAAACUGCGGCAAGCCGGCGCUCGAGGCAGUUCAGCAUCUAGAGCAAGGGCGAGGGCUUAUUUCAAAGUUUAAGAACGAACUGCGGGAGACGGAAACCCGCCUCCGAGAAACGCGCCCAAAUCUUGCAGACAAGCUCGCUGCUCUCCGAUUGCAGACUGAAGGCCCGUCGCAAGGCCAGGGGAACCCUCGCCAUGAGGCAGGGGAGAAGCUAGAAGCCCUGAGAGCAGAGAUUGGCAACAUUCCUGGCUUUACGCCGGGCGAAUCGGCCUUGUCCGAAGACGAUCUCAGAGUUGCUGCAGAACGGGGCCCCAUUAUCAUCCUAAACAUGACUACAUUCCAAUGCGACGCUCUGAUCGUCGAUAAAAGAGGGGCUAAGGCGUUGCCUCUCCUCCGAGGCCCUCCGUUAGAGGAGUAUAGAAGAUCUGACGCCAGGAGAUUUGAGGAACUGGAAAGACACGCCAUGCAUGCAACUCUCCAGUCGCUUGAGUACAUCUGGAAGAAUAUAGCGCAACCGGUUCUCCAUGAAUUAGGUUUCACCGAGACCCCCUCAGAUGAUAACUGGCCCCAUGUUUGGUGGAUUCCUACAGGCGCCCUUUCCAAUUUCCCUAUUCACGCCGCUGGGAUUUACUCGCAGUCACUAUGUGAUGGAGUGCUGGAUCGGGUAAUUUCGUCCUACACUAGCACCAUUUACAUGUUACUUCGGAUACGCUCUCGCCCUUGCGCAACAUUUGAAGAACCAAGCCAAAAGAGUGUUGUCUUAGUGGCUAUGGAAGAAACACCUGAUCAUGCUAGAUUAAGAUUUGUUUCACAGGAAGUUGCUCAAUUGGAAAAGGUUUUCAGUGACGCCAAGUUUCUCGUCAGUAAACCUCAGCCAACACAUGAGAGCGUGUUGGCAGCCUUAGGUCAUUGGAAGAUUUUCCAUUUCGCGGGCCACGGGGAGAGUCACCAUAGCCAGCCUAUGGAAAGUAAGCUCCUAUUGAAGGAUUGGAAAUCGAACCCUUUAACAGUCUCACAACUUUGUGAGACGAACCUUUCCAGCCAAGCACCAUUUCUAGCCUAUCUGUCAGCUUGCAAGACAGGGCACAUGCAUCAUGGGCGAGGAGAAAGGCUUCAUAUCAUUGGGGCCUGUCAACUUGCGGGGUUCCGACAUGUCAUUGGCACAUUGUGGGAAGUUCAAGAUGAGACGAGCGCUACUGUUGCGGUUAAGACAUAUGAGUGGAUGCUAAAAAGGGGGCUGGAUGAUCGCUCAGUCAGCGAGGGCCUGCAUCACACAAUCAGGGAUCUUCGAAAGGGAUGGACCAAUUCCAACCGCUCAACUAGGAACACAAUGGUGCCGGUGAGGGGGAUAAAAUCAACUCAGGCUCAGAGAACUGUGAAGCCGGAAUCUGGGCGAAAACCGACACCAUACUGGGUCCCAAUUAUUCACUUUGGAGUUUAA